AUGACAAUGACUUCUGCAACGUCGAAUAGCGGUUCUGGUGCCAGGCAGACCAUGGUUCAGUUGACGAACCUGCCGGAUUUGACGGAAGUUAGUCACUUGGAAAUAGAUGCGCCCGUACUGGAAAUCCUGAAGAAAUCGGUCCUGUUUCAAUUGAACUCGUUGAACAUCUGCAUUUCGAACUUUGCUCUAGAUGAGAUGGUCAAUCUCGUGGCCGUUCAGAUGGACGGGAUGUUUCGGAACUUACACAAUUUGGCACUGUUGCAAAGAAGGUCGCAAGUUUCUCAGGCGGAUUUGAAACUAUUGUUUAGAGAGUUCAAUCUGGACUCUGGUUCCCUUUUUCAAGAAUUUCAAAUUUCAGAACAUAUCAAAUCGAGAAAUUCUGCUGAAUAUCAAAAACUGGUUAAAUCAUCAUCAUUUAUUUCCCCUUCGCAUAUCGACGACGAUGAAGAGGACGAAACUAAUAAUAUUGAAGAACAACAAAAUGAGAUCAACGUCUUGCUGCCUCCUUCCAAUCCAUUGGAGAAACUGAUACCGAGCUGGCUGCCUAACUUCCCGCCAGAUCAUACCUACAAGUUUACACCCGAAUUCAACCAUCCAAUUACGGAUCUAAAAACUAUCAAAAGAGAAAUAGUCAAAGAAAGUGGGGAGUCGGAAAGAGCUCUACUAAAUCUAAAUAAACGUCUCUUCCACAUAUCUUCAGCUUCUCACACUCCAUCGCCGCGCCUUCCUGAUGCUUCUGAUGCUAGCGAGCGAUUAGAAAUUUGGGGCAACACUCUUCAUGAAAGGAAAACGGCAAUAACAACGAAAUCUUUCGAUGAGAAAAACAUCGAGCAGUACGCCAAGUAUAGGAUCGAACUGGCUAGAGAGCGUGUCUCAAAGUUCGAGAUCAACCAAUUGAAAAGAACGAAAAACCCAUUUUUGAAAAUUUCAGAAUCUCUCUACUCUUUCAAGAACCCGCACCAGUCUCAUAAAGUUAUACAAAGGUCCAUAGAUUUGCAACUACGCAAGUCGGUGACAUUGUUUAUGCAUAACCUACCUAAAAUCCAGAAACUAAAGAAGGAAAAAAUACAACUGGCCAAAGAAGAAAGACAAAAAUCACUAAAACGUCGACAAGAAGGGCUUAUUUCGCAACGAAAGAAAAAGGAACAAGAUGAAGGCCACGAUCUAGAACUCCUGUUGAACAACGAGCACGUAAGGGAAUCUACUGACAACGAUAAUAGCCUCAACGCAUUAAACGCUUCCACCAUAGACAUAAACGCGAAUGCGAAUGGCGACGAAGACGAAGAUGAUGAUAUGAAUCUAUUUGGUAUACUGGGCAGUAGCGAAGAUGAAAACGAGUUGUCAAGCAUACAGGUGGAAACUGUGGUCGGGGAAUCAGAACCUCCCACGGCGCCAGCACGAGACACUACAAAUACCACGCCAGUAGCACAAAACACAACCAAUAUCGACACCACUGCAAACCUCUCCAUCCUAUCCAUCCCUAAUGAAAAUGCACCAACGUCCCCUCCCACAGCCACAGCCACGGAUAAUGAUAUAAAUAUAUAA